AUGUCAGUGUGCGGUGGCCGGUAUGCUGACUCAUCAAUUAUUAGCACUUGUAAUGAACGCAAAUCCUUUGAUUCCAUUGAACGAGUGCUCGGGGGAAUUUCGCGGCCAAGCCUCAAGCGGGCGCGGGUCUUCGACGGUAGUAUUUCGGGAUCGCUACCGCCUAUGCCUUGCGAGGGCAUCGUGGCGGGCAUCAAGUAUGCACUAAGGGAAUGUCGGAGCGGCGCGACACCUCGGCCGCCGUUCAUUUCAUUGUCUCCAAUCUCUGACGCGAUUACGGGCGCAUACCGGUCCUCCCCUGCCGGGUCGGACGCUCCUCCCGCACCGCCGCUGUUUCUGCCCCCGCACCUCUCUCACCUCUCGCAACAUCUCAACCAUUUGUCACAACCAUUCUUCCCCUUGAAAGGCUGGGGCGCGCCGUGUCCUUGCUGCCCCAAAGAGGAGGCCCGGUCCUCGAGCGUCGCCGAACUUCGUCGCAAGGCCCACGAGCACUCUGCGGCGUUGCUACAGUCGCUGGCCAACUUCCAGUCGCGAGCUUUGCUGCCUCUUCCGCUGCACUUGCCUCCGCUGCCUCUUUCUCUUCUGCCGCACGAUUCACAGCCCCCGACCACGCAGCCGGAACAACAGAAGCACGUCGAAUGA